GUCAGGCGCGACACCUCAACGUCACAACGCAGUCGGCGACGCCAGCCAGGUUGAUGCCAACCAUACGCGAGAAUUGGGUUCAUCAUUGAUUCACGGUAGACGCUCCGCAUACGAGGCGGGGAGAAGGAACAAGCAAUGGCCGAAAGGACCAGCUCAGACGCUCCCGGGGCUGGCACGCCCGCGCCGUCGUCACCAACAGCACCCAGCACGGUCAACAAGUUCCAAAACGCCAUCUCACAAUGGAGGAGCCUUGACUUCACGACCCUCGUCUCGAACCUCGACAACACGGCAUCCGAGAUUGUGGCCUUUCAGCGAGACUCGACUGUGCAGAGGAAGGACUUGGCGCAGAAGACCAAGGACUUCAGGAAACUAGACGAUGCCAGCAAGCUCUCUGAGAUCAAAGGCUUACUCAAGGCCUACCAGACCUUUAUCGACCUCCUGACAACGCACUCCAAGUCGGUCAGCUCGGCCUUCCUGCAGACUUACACCUCGCUCUCCGAGGCGCCGGAUCCAUACCCGUUACUCGAGGCCUCGGUGGAUUCGAUGCUCGUCUCGGAGGACACGCUACCGAAACUUACUCGGGAGAAUCAACAUCUGCAGGACACCGUCUCGCGCUUGACGGCCCAGCUGGAAGAUACAGAAUCACGACUACAGGCAGAACGCGAUACGAGGCAGAAGCUGGAAGAGACCCUCGAGAGCCGGGUGAAGGAGGUGGAGGAGUCGUGGACCGCCGUGGUAGAGGAGAAGAAGGACAACUGGGAGGCCAAGGAGAAGGCUUUGGAGGAAAAGAUCGAGAAUCAGGAACGUCUGCUUAACGAGCUAAAGGCCAGCUACGAGGUCAACCAACGGCUAGGGAAAUCCGACAACGCCGAGGAGGGCCGGGGCCAGGUGACGAGCGCUGAGCUGGAGAUGGUGCAGUCGGACCUGGAGCGGACGAGCGCUCGCCUUGCCGAGGUUGAAGCUCGGAACGAGCAACUGCGUCUGGAUUUGGCACAGGCCAAGUCACAGCUACCGACUCAAGCCGCGGCGAACCUGGAAGACGAGCCUGCCUACAUGCGGAUAAGGUCCGAGAACUCUUCGCUCAUCCGGAAGCUGGACGCGGCAAGGGUGGAACGAGAGAGUCUGAAGAGGGACUUGGACGCCAAGCUUCGGGGACUCGAGAGAGAGGUCGGGCUGCUCAAAGAAGAGAGGGACGGCCUCAAGGCCAAGGUGCAGAAGUGGAGCGACUACGACGACGUGAAACAGGAACUCGAGGUCCUCAAGAGCAUCGAAUUCUCGACCGGCGACGAUGACGAAACGCGAGACGUCCCCGAGGACGUCCACGGCUCCGCAGCCACGGGCAAGGGGGACACACUGGAGCAGCUGCUCUUGGCCCGGAACAAGAAGCUGAGCGAGGAGCUCACCAUCCUGCGCGUGUCGCACCAAGACCUGCAGAGCAGGCUGCAGAACCUUCAGGAGGAGCUCUCCCGGACCAACGCGGAGCUCGAAAGGUCGCAGAACCUCAACGAGAAGCUCGAGAACGAGCUCUCGAGCGUCCAGGCAGAGACGGCCAACGUCUUCUCCUCGGGCGCCUCGGUAGCAGGCACCUACGUCAGCCGCUACGCGCCCUCGGCCGCACCGGGCCGCAAGGCGGGGCGGACAUCUCCCACCUCGUCCAUCAUCAGCGGCUUCAACCCGCGCGACUCGGACGAGCGAGGGCCCCUGGGCGGCGGGUCGGGCAUCCUACCCAUGAUCACGGCCCAGCGCGACCGGUUCAAGAAGCGCAACGCGCAGCUCGAGCAGGAGCUCUCCGAGACGCACCGCACCGUCUCCCAGCUGCGGCAGGAGAUCGCCGCGCUCCAGCGCGACAACCUCAACCUCUACGAAAAGACCCGCUACGUGUCCACCUACAACCGCGGCGCCGCGGCGACGACCUCGUCCUCGUCCGCCUACGCCGUCAACCCCAACCCCUCGAGCGUCUCCAUCGUCUCCUCCUCCCCCUCCCCCGCCACCGGUUCCGGAGGAGGGGGCGGCGGCUCUUCGGCGUCCCUGGACCGGUACCGCAAGGCGUACGAGUCCAACCUGUCGCCGUUUGCGCAGUUCCGCGGCCGCGAGUCGGCCCGCGCAUACAAGCGCAUGAGCCUGCCCGAGCGCCUCGUCUACUCGGUCACGCGCAUGGUGCUGGCCUCGCGCACGAGCCGCAACCUGUUUGCCCUCUACUGCCUCGCCCUGCACCUGCUCGUCUUCUUCUCCCUCUUUUGGACGGGCACCGGCGAUGCCGACCGGCUGGCGCUGGUCGGUACCACCGUCGGCGCCCCCGGCACGGGACCCGCGGCGGCUAUGGCCAAGCAUGCCCCGCCGUUGGAUGGCGUUUGAGUGGGAG